CUCUAAUACAUUACAGCAAAACAUCAUUGUUAGGGUUCGACUCUCUAAGAGAAAAAACGGAUAAAAUACAUUGUUGAUUUGCUUAAUUACUACUGCCUCAGCAUUAUUAUAGACAACUCAUGAUAAAAUAACAAAGCGAACAUGGAUCCGAAAAAAUACAAAAAAGCAUAGAAUUAAGACCAACACUUCAGCCAGCGGCCUGGGGGAGAGACUGACGGAGACUUUUCGGUCUAAACCUUCGUUCAUGCCAAUUUGGUAUCAUGAUUAGCAAGCGCAGCCGCGCGUCAUGAGGGCUUGGAGAGCCUUAUUUAGCUCGUUCAAUCUCGUUCAAUAACAUGUUCAUAGUAAAGCACAGGACUGGUACCGUCAGAGCGUCGUGCUUGACGUUGCCUAAUUAGGCAGAUAUUAACGACAAGGCUGCGCCCUUGCCAACCAAGUUCCAAGUUCGCCCUACAACAGACAGCCGCCGAUGUCAGUAUGCUCGAUACGAAGACGUUGAUGGCAAAUCAAUGUCACUCCACGGAUUAAGUUUCCGAGAGAGAGACAGAAAGCAAGCGGACAGAUAUAAAGCUGCCAAGUGUACAUAUAUAAAGUGACGCUGGGUUUCUGUAUUCUGGCCAAAACACAUCUACACACUAUCACUUACAAUUUUCACACCAACUUCGUUUCUUUUCUCUCAACAUGGCCCCCGGACUCAUUCAACAAACCACUAUCAAUACUCGCCCUCUGCCAGGCGGUGGCAGCAACGAUGAUGGCAAGAUGGAUAGCGUCAUGUGGGAAGGCAACCCUUACAAGAUGGCCGUCCGCCGCGUGCCCAAGCCCACCAUUAUCGAUCCUACCGACGCCAUUGUGCACGUCACAUCAGCCGCCGUCUGCGGAUCCGAUCUACACAUCUUCCACGGCAUUGCAGGCAGCGCCGAAGUUCCGUAUGGCGUGGGCCACGAGGCCGUCGGCUAUGUGGCGGCCAUCGGGGACGGUGUCAAGUUCCUCAAGGUCGGCCAGCGUGUGCUCAUCUCGGACACGGUGCCGUCGACCCUCACACCGACACAGCUGCCGAUCGCGAGUGCCUUUGGCCUCGGCAAGGAUUUCGGUGACCUGCCCGGCUGCCAGGCCGAGUGGGUGCGGUGCCCGUUUGCUGACGGGACACUGGUUCCUGUCGACGACGACGACAUCGACGACCGCGACCUGCUGACGCUGACCGACAUCUUCGCCACAGCGUGGACUGGCGUCACGGCGUCCGGGUUCCAGCCAGGCGACACAGUCGUUGUCUUUGGUGCCGGCCCCGUGGGCUUGCUGUGCGCUUACAGCGCGCUGCUGCGUGGCGCCAGCAAGGUUGUCUCCGUCGACCACGUCCACGCGCGCCUGGAAAAGGCCAAAGAGUUGGGCGCGAUCCCUGUGAACCUAGCCAAAGGCGACGUCGCGGGAGCUAUUCGUAAGAUCUUCCCCGACGGCGCCAAACGCGUCGUCGACUGCGUGGGCGAGGAGUGUGUCAACGAGAGCCUCAAGCCCGACCAGUCCUACAUCAUCAACACAGCUAUCCGCAUCGCCGCUAUUCGCGGGGGCAUCGCCGUCAUUGGGGUCUACAACGCGCAGCCCGACAGCAAGGGCGUGCCGCGCGGCCACACCGUCAGCCCGUCCAUGAGCAUCAAUUUCCCCGAGGCGUGGAUCAAGACGCUUCGCAUCGAGAGCGUGCUCGUCGACCCAGAGCCGCUCGAGGCGAAUCUGCUGCGCCUGGUGACGAGUCGGCGUGCUAAGCCAGGAUUUGUGUUUUCUGGCGAGUACCGUAUCCAGGACGCGCAACUUGCGUAUGAGCGCUUCGACAAGAAGCAGGAGACCAAGGUGCUGUUCCGGUUUCCGUGGAUCGAUGAACAGAAAGAGAAACGGCCAUGCUCGCACUGCGGAAGGGAUUAAAGCUCAUUUGUACUAUUGCGGGAGAAUGGACCGUAAUUCUUGUAUGAUGAACUAACGACGACUGGCUAGGAGGGGCCGUGGGAAGAGGAUCGUACUUAUAAGCUAUGUGUGGGUGGCCCCUUCUCUAACAUGUAAUGUUAUGCUUAUAGAAGGUAUUGGAAGGUGGUACAUAGAUUGGGUGAAUAUCAACUUGAAUUAUAGUGUCUUGAAUACAAAAACAUGUAACUGAAU